AUGUCUGAAACUACUGCUUUCCAAGCCCACAACGCCAAAUUCCACUCCCUCCUAGGCCUAGCCCCAACUAUCCACCUCCUCCACCAAAAUGAUGCAUACCCCUUUGCCCACGAAGCAGGCGUCUACAUCCCCUCCACCAAAAACCUCUUCAUAACCAGCAACCGAUACACAGACCAUGAAAACAAUCCAAAGAUCCAAAUUACCCGCAUCGACCUCUCCACAACCCCAGUAACAGUGGAAGAACUCGACCCCCAAAUCCCAAUGGGAAACGGCGGCGUCAAUUACACCUCCACCGAGCUCCUAAUCUGCAGCCAAGGAACCCUAAACAAGCCAAGUGGACUCUACACAAUGUCCACCGCAGCGCCAUUCACGUCCAAACUGCUCGUAGGCGACUUUCUAGGCCGCCCAUUCAACUCCGUCAACGACGUCGUCGUGCAUUCGGACGGGUCGAUUUGGUUCACAGAUCCCAUUUACGGAUUUGAGCAGGGGUAUAGGCCGAAGCCCGAGCUGCCGUGUCAGGUUUAUCGCUAUGACCCAGCUGAUGGUGGCAUUCGCGCUGUUGCGGAUGGGUUUGGGAGGCCGAAUGGGAUUUGUUUCUCGCCUGAUGAGUCCACGGUGUAUGUUACUGAUACGGAUCGGCAUCAUGGGGAUGGGACGGAUGACCCGGCUCGGGUUUCUUCGAUUUAUGCGUUCGAUUUGUCGGUUUAUCAUGGACAGCCGUUCCUGACUAAUCGGCGGUUGUUUGCUAUGGCUGAUAAUGGGAUUCCUGAUGGGAUUAAGUGUGAUCUGGAGGGAAAUGUUUAUAGUGGUUGUGGGGAUGGCAUUCAUGUUUGGUCGCCUGGCGGUGUUCUUCUGGGGCGGAUUCGCAUUGAUGGUGGGUGUGCGAACUUUUGUUUUGGAAGGGACGGUGAGAUCUUCGCGCUUAAUGAGCAUCGACUGUGGAGGGUGCAGUUGGGAAGUCAUGUUAAAGGGGCUUUGCUUAGGAUUUAG